CUCACGAGAACAGGUGGGCGACCUAAUCCGGGGCAGGUUAGUGAAGAUAUCGACCAAAGAGGACAAUUCAAGAGUAGAGACUCAUCUGAGGACGUUUAUUUGAGUUUUUGGAGUCAGUUUUUUACUGCUCGGUAUUUCGUGGAUCCGUGAACAGGUGAACAGGUAAACAGGGAUUGUCUUUGACGACCAGGCCCACAGUUUCACCUCCUCCUCCACAAACCGCCUGUUGGUGCUUCAAGAAGUGAAGGAGAGACAAGAAAUCAAGAAGAAGAAGAGGAGGUGUUUGGAGGGGACAGGUGUGCUCCAGGUGUCCUUGUUUAAUUUAUUAGCCUGGUCCAGACAUCGAUUACUGAUGGAUUACAUGGAUAGUGGACUGAGAUACACCCCAAAGACGGUAAGACCCCAAACAAACUUGAAGCAAUAAAACUCUCCUUAUCUUGGGGUUGAGUGUUUGAGAGAUACCAGAGGUGUUUAUGACCUCAUAUUAGUGUGUGUUUAAGGUGUCCAGAUUUAUCCAGAGACACACUUCUAAAAAAGAAAGUGUGUCAAAGAGGAAUGAAACCAGUCUGACUCAAACAGAGAAAGAUCACCUGUGUUUUCAUUUCACACAUGGACCUACAUGACAGAACUGGGCUGGGUGUCACUGUACACAGCUGCUCCAACAGAAAGACAAACAUCUUUACAUAGAGGAGGAAAAAAACAGCUGUUAAAGGUUAAAAAACACCUCCAGAGUCUUUACUCUGUUCUUCUGAAAGGAGGUAUUUUAUAUUCAGCUUAUGAGGCGAACAGGCCUCUGCAGGCGGCACACACCCCAUCUCCAAGAAAGCAGCACAGUGAAAAAAAUGAUAGUGGUGUCUUCCUCUAACAUGAAAAUCUGCAUGUUAACAAAUAUAAUAAAUAUUAUAUAAAUCUCUCUAAAAUAAAGGUUUGAAGGUGAACCUCUCUGUGAUUCGAGCUUCAUCAGCAGAGACUGAGGGGUUGACUCCUGAAUUCCUCCCGGUUCCUCCGCCUUGUUGUGACUUGUUCACUUUAAGUCCUUCUCUUUAUAAACUAAAAUGUAUUCCUGUUUACUCGGCAACACCUCAGUCUUGUGAUCUGCACAGGGUCGCUCAGUCUCAGAGGAUUAGUCCUCUAGUUCAGUGUUUUUUAACCUUUUUUUGAGCCGCGGGACAUCAAUCACGAGGCACACCACCAAACUUUUACCAAAUGACACCAAAUACACUUUUUGCAAUGACAAUAUAGUCUCUCAGUUUAUUCACGCUCACCAUGUGUGAAACCUGGGGCUGCAGAUGACAGCACAGACACUUGAGAAAAGACCGAUAAAGUGAUUGAUUGGUUGAAAAACACUGCUUUAGUUAUGUUACAAUGCUAACCUAAGAGCAAGAGUAGAUAAAUCUGUAUUUAAGGUGGAUUUCCAUUUAAAAUUUAGCUUUUAACUUAAAAAAAAAACCCUCACCCAGUGAAAGAAUGAUGCAUGUUUAUGUAAAACUAUUUAGGAUUUAAAAGGAGGCACUUGCUUUAUGCAUGCAUCGUCAGCUAUAUUGUUAGACACUUGAUUUAAAGGCUUGAGUUCUCGAUGCAGCUCAGGUUUACACAAGAAACGCCAAACCCUCACCUGGUUAUAAGUAACUGUCAUAAAACUCUUAUAUUUCUUUGUCUUGUGGGCUCAUUUUUAAAGACGCCGUGUUUUAAAAGCCGUAAAAACCCCUGGUGUGUGUUUGUGGCUGGAGUUGUUGACUCGUCGGUGACCUUAAAUGUUAUCUUAGCAGCAGCAGCAGGUAUUUCAACCAGCUUGUUGUGCUCCUCUUCAGAUCUGCGAGUGGUUCGCUCCCAGCAGGUUUGACAGGAUUUGACAUGGUGAAACCUUUGUACCCUCCCCCCGUCCUCUCUGUCUACCUCUGAAAUGUAACCGCACAGCUGUGACUCAUGCACCGAGUCCCCCUCUCAUUCAUUAACAAGAACUGAAACUCAGAUUUCUGUUUUUUUAUUUUAUUUGCAGAGUUGGAAGUGGAAAAAAAGCAGAUUUUGAAAGAGAAAAGAGUUUCAGGGCCUCUUUGUGUUCGUCACCACAGACUCGGACAUUCCUAUAAGAUACAAGUACCUACUCGUCGUGUUGCUGUCACUCGUUCUAAGUUGAUUAUCAACUCAGAUAAAGGAAAAACAGCGACUUCUGACAGAACCGCCUUAAAGCUUUUGUGUGGCUUUAGCAGCAAUGAAUCCAAGCUGCAUGAUAUUGAUAAAAACUGACAUUACAAUAGUUGUUGGUGACAUUUAAAAGUGUGUAAAAAAAUACCAUGAAUUAAGUCGUAUAUCUGCAAACUGACUGAAUCCAAAAAGAAUCAUUUUAUAUAAUCAGCACUUAACCUGAGGUUAGCUAACAGCUGACUGAAGCUUCAUUUGCAUGCAGCCAAAUAAUGUUAAAGGCACGGCUCUAAUAGGCAGGCGAGUAAAAAGUAGAUAAGAUAAGAUAAUUCCAAAAAUUACAGCAGCAUAGAUACAAACACAAAAGAGAAAUUAAAAGAUAAAGAAACUUAGAGUUAAAAACAGAUAUGUACAUGAGUCUUAUUUACAUGUGUACAGAAUAUAGACAUAUAAUAUGUUUUAUUGCAGACUGAGGGUUCAUAGGAUUGAAGAUAUUUGUGUGAAUGCAGAUGUUCAUCAAAACAGCCUGAAGGAAAAAGGUUUGGUAGAUUUACAUCAACAUGUUUCACCCUCCAGUGAAAUGGUUGGAAUGAUUGUUUGUUAACUCAUUAGGAGCCUCCGUCAUUCCUUCAUUCAUUUAUUCAUUCAUUCAUUCAUUCAUUCAUUCAUUCAUUCAUUCUCUCAGGACAAAGAGUGGGAAAGCUCCGUUCAGUUCCUGCCGGCUGCAGAUAACAAAAAACUCGAGAAGAAAAGGGGUCCAGGGAAAGUCGGGGCGGCGAUCGGCGUGGUGGUCUUCGCCGCCGUCAUCGCACUCAUGACCGGACUUCUGGUUUGGCAUUUCCACUGUAAGAUCACUUCCUGUUACGAAGGUUUAAGAUGGAUUAAACUUUGGGGUAAAAUGGGAAACAUCUCAUAUCUGGUCUUUUCUGUGUGUUCUUUCCUGCAGACCGCAAAGAUUUGCGGGUCAAGAAGAUGUACAGCGGCUCCAUGAGGAUCACCAACCAGGUCUUCGAGGACGCCUACGAGAACCAAAACAGCUCUGAGUUUAGGGCGCUGGCGAAGCAGGUGACCUCACAGGUGAGAAAGGAAAUCCACCUGCAUGAUAGACAUCGUUUUAAGGUCUUUUUGAUAAACCAUCGUUCGUUCUUUAUCGUGAUUUUACUCCUCUCUGUUUCAGCUUAAAGUCAUUUACUCCAAAAGUCCACAGUUGUCCAAAUACUACGUCGGUUCGACGGUUCAGGCUUUCAGGUGAGGCUGGGAUAAAAAGGUGUUCCCGAUAAGAUUCAGAUCAAGAUGUUGAUGUUUGAGUUGGAUUUGGGGAAAUCCAACACUCAGGUCUGAAGUUUAUGUGUUUCGACUUCGAUCCACCUCCUGUACUUACUCACUCUUGUCUGAUCACCCUCAGUGAAGGCAGCAUUAUCGCCUACUACCUCUCUGAGUUCAGUGUCCCCACUGGUCAGGAGGCCUCCGUGGACAAAGCCAUGUCUACGAUGGACAAACUGGUGGACAAAGAGCAGCGGACCCUCCACAGACCGGGCAACGCUCUGGUCUUUGACGACGUGGUGUCUUCAGGUAGGACCAAACUACCCGCUUCAUUUUGGACUCUUUGAUUUCCACAGUUAUCACUCUCCUGUCAUAUACGUUUUUGUUUGUAAUUUUUGUUUCUGUUUCUUCUCGCAGCUCUUGACGCACGCUUGUUUUCGACAGAGUUCAGCAGUAAGUUCUUCUCCUCAUCCAUCAUUUAAAGUUUUCUCUAAUUUCUAAUAAUAUUUUAUGUUCAGAUUAGAAAUAAAAAACUCGGGGUUUACGUUCCUAAAAGUGAGAUGUUUACUGCUUCUCUGUUUUUUGCUAAGAAAGCAUCAAAGUACAGAUUUUGGUCACAGCUGCAUGUGUUUUUGCAACAUUAAUACAAUAAAAGUUGAUUUGAGAUUCAUUAAACUCUCCUCACUGUUCGUUUCUCUGUGUGUCAGAUUUCUUAAACUUUGCAGAGCACGCAAGAGCCAAUAAGAACAACCAGAUCCAGUCCCCCGGCUUCCCUCACCGCCCUUAUCCCAGUAACUCCUUCCUGCAGUGGCAGCUGAGAGCCGACCCCGACCACGUCAUCAAACUGGACUUUGACACCAUGCACCUGGAAGAAAACUGCAAGAACGACUUUGUGAAAAUCUACGACUCCCUGGUGGCCAUCGAGAGCCGAGUCAUGGAGGAGUGAGUUUCUCUUUGUUUGCUGAUGAAGAACUGAAUCUCAGAGAGGUCUUCAUCUUGUCUGUAAGGCCCUCUGCUGGACAAAUGGGUCUGUGAACAUUUCUAACAUGAUCAUCUUCUCUGUGUCGUUCUCCAUCAGAAUGUGCGGAUACUACUCGCCCAGUGAACCUCUGACCUUCAUGUCCUCCCGUAACGUCAUGCUGGUGACGAUGGCCACAAAUGAGAAGAAGAACUACCCCGGUUUCAGAGCGACGGUCUCACAAGUCCGCCGAGGAAGUAAAGGUGAGUGUGUCCCACUCAGUCAGGAGUUAAAUCUUCUGAUUUGAUGUCUCAUGCUGACAGAUUUCUCUUUCAAAGAAACAACAUGUGGUGGUCAGCUGAUGGGUGAAAGUGGACGCUUCACAUCCCCCAACUUCCCAAACUACUAUCCUCCUCGAUCCCUGUGUCAGUGGUCCAUUCAGGUCAGAUAUCUCCAUCAUCUUUACUGCGAUUAUACAGUUUCUGUUUUUGCAUUAUAUUGACGUCUCUCUCAUCUCUUUUAAUCCUGAAGGUCCCAGCUGGUAAAGCCGUGAAGCUGACUUUUAAAAAGUUCCUCUUGUCCGAGCCGGGACAGGAAAACAAGCAGGACUGUCGCAAAGACUACGUUUCCGUCAAUGGAAAGAAGUGAGUUCAUUUUUUGUCGUAUAAAAGAUACAGAGGAGUUAUUCUCAAAGAUCAGAUCAGACGUAUAAUUGUGUUUUCAUCUCCUCUCCAGGUUGUGUGGAGAGCAUCCUGACGGGACAGUGACUGAAACCAGCGACACCAAUAAGAUGGAGGUUCUGUUUAAGUCUGAUUCCUCCUACGUGGACCGAGGUUUUGAAGCAACAUACGAGGCCAUCGACGUCAAAGAUCGUAAGAGACUCUUCUUUUCUCAGACCAUGAUUAUUUCUCAGCUUCAGGAGAGCGUCUCUCAUAUGUGCUCUGUCAUUUCCAGCUUGUCCAAAGCAGUUCCAGUGCAGAAAUAAGCGUUGCAUUAAGACGGCGCUGAAGUGUGAUGGAUGGAACGACUGCGGAGACAUGAGCGAUGAACUGAACUGCAGUAAGUUCUUCUGCUUCAUUACAGAUUUUAACUUUUUCUCAGCGUCUCUCCAUGUCUAAAGAAACAAACUUUCCUCUCAGAGUGCAGCCCGAAGGAUAUCACCUGUAAAAACGGCCUGUGUAAGCCCAUGUUCUGGAAGUGUGACAGCGUGGACGACUGUGGCGACGGCACGGAUGAACAAAACUGCGGUAAGACCUGGAUGGAGGAGGAGCUAGUACUAUGGCUGUGACCCUAUAUGUCCUGUUGAUGAAGUUAGGUGCUGUUCUGAGCAUUAUUUGUGGCUAUAGAGUGGCGUUUUGGUUGAGUGCGUGGCUCUCUGUAGUUGGUAUAACUAGAGAAUGGAGCGGUCUGCAACAUUCAUCUCUGGAGGGGUUGUCCAACUUGGUGUUUGACCCUAAAUUCAUUUUACGCCAGAAUAUCCCUUUAAGCACCAGAAAACGUUGGAGUGCGUGUUCUAAUUCCUGCGUCUCUCCUCUUAAAGGUGGAUGUAAAUCUGGACAGAUCACAUGCAAGAACGACAAAUGUGUCUCAGCGAAGAGUCGCUGUGACGGCAGGGACGACUGCGGGGACGGGUCAGACGAGCUCGACUGCGGGAGAAGUAAGAAUAAGAAAUAUCAUCAACUCCAGUUUUUUAUCCUCACUUUGGUCCUUCAGUUAUAAGAUGUUUAUCCCUCUUUCUCUGUUUCUCUCUUCAGCCGCUGACACUCGCUGCACUGAGGUCACCUACAAAUGUAAAAACAAUAAAUGCAUCGAUAAGGUGAACCCUGAAUGUGACGGGACAGAGGACUGUGAAGACGGGUCUGAUGAGGAGAACUGUGGUACGUCGUCUCUGAAACCCCCUCAGGGCGGGCCUGUUGUUCAUCUCCGAUUAAAAACUAGUCAUUAUCUCCAUCUGCAUUUGUAUCUUGCAUAACAAAACAGAUGUGAGCUUUCCACCCACUCAGGCAUCACAACAAGCUGCAACAGGAAAAGAAAAAAACCACGAGUGAUUGAUUGUUUACUUUGCAGACUGCGGGAGGAGUAUGUUCAAGACGUCUCGUAUCGUGGGCGGUCAGGAUACAGAGGAGGGGGAGUUUCCCUGGCAGGUCAGCCUUCAUAUCAAGAAUUAUGGUCACGUCUGUGGAGCGUCCAUCAUCAGUCCACGCUGGCUGGUCACCGCUGCCCACUGUGUGCAAGAUGACGGAAAGACAAGGUAAGUUUUUUUUUUUUUUUAUUAUACAGGAAAAAACUGACAUAACACUAUUUUCAUUCAAGUCUUUUGUUACUGAAAUAUUUGAUUUCUUUGAACAGUGUAGCAUACACACCGAAAUGUUGGGGGAGAAAGAUCUUAAAAUAUAUCCGAUAAAAUUCACAAACAUGUUCAAACUUUCCAUCGAUCCUUGAGAACAUGAAGAGAGAAUAGCUUUGAAAUGUUCUGUCAACAGUUUGUCACAUGUAAGGGAAACCUUACACCUUUGUGUUUUUACUAACAACAUCACUUUGGUCUGAACACAUACAGUUGAAAGAAAAAGUAUGUCAACCCUUUUGGAUUACCUGGAUUUCUGCAUAAAUUGGACAUAAAAUCUGAUCUUCAUCGGAGUCACAACAGACAAACUCAUUCUGCUUAAACUAAUACUCAAGAGAGAAAUUCACACCAGACAUCCGGAGAAUAUUGCUGAAGUGAAACGGUUUUGUGAAGAGGAAUGGACCAAAGUCUCUCCUGAACUAGUGUUGUGUCAUUCGCAAACGAUUCGUUCAAAAGAACCGAAUCUUUUAAGUGAACGUACUGAACUGAAUCACUUCCUCAAGUGAUUCGUUCGUUUCUCACUUGAGUUGAGCUGUCAACAGUGAAGCUGCUGUAGCACGCAGCAUUGCCAGGCGAACCAUUUCAACACCUCAGGUUAGGUUUUGGACUUUAUUUCUGAAGUCAAAUGAACACCUUGAUUAAUUCUCUGUUUCCUCAGAUACUCUCAGCCCGGCACGUGGGAAGUUUACCUCGGUCUCCACAUGCAGAGAAAGAUCGGGAGCGCUGUGGUGAAGAGGAACCUGAAGCAGGUCAUCUCCCACCCGAACUACAAUGCGUACACUUUUGACAACGACAUCGCUCUGAUGGAGUUGGACAGUCCCAUCACCUACUCCGACUACAUCAGGCCCAUCUGCCUGCCAUCCCCCCAACAUGAUUUUCCCACUGGGAACACUGUGUGGAUCACAGGCUGGGGCGCCACGAGAGAAGGAGGUGAGUCCCCGAAAUGAAUCUGCCUUUUUUGUCCUAAUAAUUAACCGCUCCUGGAGAUUAGAAGUGAAGAGUGUUUCAAAAACUAACAGUGUUCUUCUGCUUGUGUGUGUUUGUUAUGAAGGAUUUGCAGCGACCGUGCUCCAAAAGGCCCAGGUUCGAAUCAUCAACCGCUCGACGUGUAACGAGUUGAUGGAUGGGCAGAUCACAUCUCGGAUGUUGUGCGCUGGCGUGCUGAGCGGAGGAGUCGAUGCCUGUCAGGUGAUAAAUGACCCCAUUCCUCCAUGCUUUCUCUCUAUCUGUCUGAGGAAACACUUACACACCGAGAACACAAGAACCAUAAAUGAUGUAUGGAGAUGAAAAGUAAUUAGGGCGCCGGUUUAACUCAGGGUUACCACAUGAACAGGCUCAGACAGAUUUGGCACAGGGACGGAUUUGGUUGUAGAAAAGACUAAAUAAAAGAAAAGGGAAGUGUUUGAAUUCUCUAAAUGUUCCUGUGUGUUUGUGUUCUCUUAGGGGGACUCUGGAGGUCCUCUGUCCAGUCCAUCUGGCAACCGCAUGUUCCUGGCAGGAGUGGUCAGCUGGGGAGACGGCUGCGCCCGCAGGAACAAACCUGGCAUCUACACAACGGUCACCAAAUACCGUGGCUGGAUCAAAGAAAAGACGGGAGUGUAGUUCCUGCAACGUGGACUAAUAAGAUCCAAAGUUUGGACGUAAACGUGGACUGAUAAGAGAUUGUUGCUCCGGUGAAACAUCACUCUUGACUCUCUUCCUGCUGAUGUUGUAGCUGUCGUGGAAGAUCUCCCAUUCUCUUGAAGAGCAGUUCAUAUCCUCGAUGAUUUGACGAGGAUGUAACUGAUGAAAUGUUUUUAAACUGUAAAUACAUGACUUUAUUUUUUUGUGUUUCUUGUUUAUGUUCGUGUCUGAAGUGUAUUUGAUGGAGAACAAUGUUAUCUGCUGCACAGGAAAUAGAUUUUAGAUGUUAUUGUUACACGUAUGAAAUGUAAAUUCUAGUGAGUUUUAUCCUCAGUCAUCACAAGAAUAUCCCACCCCUCUCUUUCUCUUGUUUCCUCUGUUCUGAGUUUAUAAAGACCGACAGCUCAGUCCAUCCUACCUCCUAUGGCUUGGUAGUUGUCCUUCAGCAGAGGUCCCUGAAAGUUACUGUGAUUCUUCACUUUUCAGAGCAUACUCCCCUCAUUGUGAAUAUCAUUUCAUUUGAACAAAUGUGACCUGCUUUUCUAGCUCAGAACGCAGUAAAAGGUUUUAUCUGGUUUUAAUGUUUAAUGUGAUCCCUCAGCUAUCCGCACCCCUGUUAGGACAGCCUCUCUUAAAGAUGUGUAAAUGUGUAUUUUAUAGCAGAU